AUGAUUUCAACAAUAAUUAUUAUUUUUACUUUAUUGAUCAAUGCAAGUGCUAUAAUUAAUAUUAAAUUAAAACGCAAAGAAGUUGGUUUCAUAGUUGAAAAUCCAUCUGUUGGUGAUAAAAUACGUGAAUUUCUUAUAAGUCUUCAAUAUUUUCGAAUAUUUAUUGGUCUUUGGAAUAUAUUAAUUAUAUUUGCUAUGUUUACUAUAUUUAGUUAUUAA